UAGUUUCGUGUGUCUACAUAUUAUCGAUAAUAUGGGAAUAAUACGGGAAUUCUGAAAGAUAACUAAUAUUUAAAUAACUGUUUAGUAGAACUUUCCAUAAAUGUUUGAGUGACUUGCUUAUGAAGACAAAUCUAAACCCGAAACAUAUCUUACAACAGAAAAUGGCUUCGACUGCAAAUGAUCUUUGCAGGCUUUGUGCGAAGAAACAUGACUUUUUAAAGGAUUUGUUGGAUGAAAAUAAUAAAAGUAUUUUGGACUUAAUUAAAAACUUUACGCAAAUUAAUGUGGUGGAAUGUGACAAUAUGCCAACCAAGGUUUGUAUUGACUGUGAAGAGAGAAUCGUCUCAUUCCAAUUGUACAUCUUGGAGUGCUACAAGGUCCAGGAUGCUCUAAGAAAAAUGUGCAUCGACACCUGCGACAAUUUUAUUAAAACAGAGACUGAAAUACAAUUCAACCUACCCUGCAUUAAGGCUGAAGAGCCUCAGGUCAAAGAUGAAUUAACUGCUGAGGAUAUAGUCAGUACAGGUGCAAUAACCAAUCAGACUGAAAUAUCAGAUUAUGAAGAAGAUGAAUUCCAAAACGAAGACAUUAAUCAAGACCUUGAAGAUGAUCAAGUUGCUUCCCAAGAAGACAGUGAUGUAGAUGAUAUAACAAUAGCUUCUCUCAUAGAGCAAGGGAAACUAAAAUCCAAAAAUAUAGAACUACCUGAAAAUAAGGCUGCUGAAUUAAAAGAUGUAUUAAACAAACCAAUUAUUAAAGUUAAAGAUUUAGUUAAAUUAAAAUGCCUCAUAUGUGAACAGUUAUUUAAAACUUGGUCUUCCCUUAGUGGCCAUUAUUACAAAUCACACAAAAGUAAAGUAGUAGUCUACUGCUUAUGUGGCUAUGCUAUCCAUUCCAAGACUGUCCUCUACAAGCAUGUCUCUGAUCAUAAACGCCAAACAAAGAAGAGAAUGAACAGCGAGCAAUCUGAUCAAGAUAGUUCUUCAUAUAUGUCUCUUAAAAUUAAAGACUUUAUUAAUUUCAAUUGCCCGGAAUGCCGCAAACCAUGUACGAGUUGGUAUAACCUGAAGGCUCACUGCGAGCGCCGUCAUACAAUUGCGCCAGUGGUACAGUGCAGCUGUGGGAUCACACUCAAGUCCAAGUCUGUUAUGUAUAAACAUGUUCAAGAUCAUCGAAACCCUAACAAUGAUUUGUCAUGUGACCAAUGCGCGAAAAUAAUGAAAUCUGAAGCAGCUCUGGAGAAACACAAAAUGAAACAUAUACCAAAAACAGACAGAAAAUUCCGCUGCUCUUCGUGCGACAAGGUCUUCCUUUGUAAGGAGGGUUUAAAGUCUCACGAGAAAUCCCACAUACCCAUUGAAGACAGAAAAGUAUAUCGAUGUGAUAUUUGCGAUUUGAGGUUUACAACGAAAUCGUCAGCAGCAUCUCACAAGCGUGUGGUACACGACAAAAUUAAGAGCUACGUAUGCGAUCUGUGCGGAUACGCUUGCGGCACCAACGGCGAAUUGCGUCAACACCGCGCUAUACAUAGCAACGAGAAGCCUUUCGUUUGCAAAAAGUGUUCUAAACCAUUCAAAACGUACUCGAAUCUCAAAACUCAUAUGGACACCCACGAGGACACGUCGUACGCGUGCUAUGUGUGCAACCGCGUGCUAAAUAGUCGACGAACGCUGCGCAAACAUCUGCUCGUGCAUGAGGACAAAUGCCGCCAUCAGUGUCCUUAUUGUUCGAAGGCUUUUAAACGCAGACAGACGCUAAAGGUACACCUAUACACCCAUACUGGUGACAAGCCGUUGUCGUGCAAGUGGUGCGACGAGCGGUUUUCGUAUGCGUCCACGCUACGCUCGCACCGGCUGCGCUGCCACCCUGACAAGAUGGCGGCCCAAGCCUGCUCCAACUACACCAACUACACACAAAUGACUUCACAAGAGGAUUACAUCAAAAGCGACUUAGCGGCCAUCGGCAUUACUAAAAAUGAAGUCGAGGCAGUGCAAUGAAGCAAUAAAUGCCUUGACGCAGUGUGUUAUUUCCACCAUCGAAAAAAAGAAAAGCAUGGGAUCCUGACCAGAUGAAAAAGGCAAUUGAAGCGGUGAGGGCAAAGGCCAUGGGGCUAUAAAAAGCUGUGAAAGCUUUUCAUGUACCGAGAUCGACACUAAAACGAUUAGUAAAGGACUCGGAAGAAUCUUUAGAGAUGCUUGUUCAUAAACCCCUUGGUAAAAAACCUAUCUUCCACUUGCCUUGGAGCAAAAGUUAGUAGACUACAUUUUAUUCAUGGAGUCUAGAUACUAUGGACUUACUAGAAUGGAUUUCUUCCUUUCUUCGAUUCUAACGACAGACGUGGAGAGGAGUGGAGUCAAUGUCAGAGUUGCAACUUAUGGGUUCGUACAUCAUGUGCAGGUC